AUGAAAUUAUCUAGUAUUGUAAUUGGAUUGACAUCCAUCGCGGCCGUUGCGUCUGCUGCCAAAGAUGAAGCUUCUACUGUCACUGUUACUGCCACUGGUAAAAAUACUCAUAAGGAUGGUAGAUUCGACAAGACCAAGCCAGCUACUUCUCCAAGUAGCUCUGGUACUCAUAAGGAUGGUAGAUUCGACAAGACCAAGCCAGCUACUUCUCCUAGUAGCUCUGGUACUCAUAAGGAUGGUAGAUUCGACAAGACCAAGCCAGCCACUUCUCCAAGUAGCUCUGGUACUCAUAAGGAUGGUAGAUUCGACAAGACCAAGCCAGCUACUUCUCCUAGUAGCUCUGGUACUCAUAAGGAUGGUAGAUUCGACAAGACCAAGCCAGCCACUUCUCCAAGUAGCUCUGGUACUCAUAAGGAUGGUAGAUUCGACAAGACCAAAGAUCCAGUUACUACCACCGUUUGGGUGAACCCAUCUGGUGAAGCCAAGAACGCUUUUUACAACAAGGCAGCAACCAACGGCACUGCUGGUAAUGGUACUGCAGUAAACGGUACAGGUUCAGGUUCUUCCAACUCUACUGGAGGUGUUAGCUCUAUAGAGAAUGGUGCUAUUAUGAAUGGAAUGAACUUCGGUAUUGCCGGUGCUGUUGUUGCUGGUAUGUUAUUGGUUGUUUAA